ACGGUGAGGAAUGCACCAGCGUGUCUCGCACCAGUCUCGUCUCCACGAAGCCCUUACGAGCUCCAGGGCUCUCUUUCAAUUCCUUUACGGCGAACCUUCUUCAAGAGACGGCGACCGGGUAUGCCGUCCAAAGAACGGAUUUCCUACUUCUACGAUGGGGAUGUUGGGAAUGUUUAUUUUGGGCCUAAUCACCCAAUGAAACCACACCGCCUAUGUAUGACCCACCAUCUUGUGCUCUCAUAUGGUCUUUACAAGAAGAUGGAGAUAUAUCGACCACACAAGGCAUACCCAGUGGAGCUGGCCCAAUUUCAUUCAACAGAUUACGUGGAAUUUUUGCACCGAAUAAGUCCUAACACACAAAAUUUGUUUGCUGACGAGUUAGCUAGAUAUAAUCUUGGAGAAGAUUGCCCUGUCUUUGAAAAUCUUUUCGAAUUCUGUCAAAUAUAUGCUGGUGGCACGAUUGAUGCUGCAAGAAGGCUAAACCAUCAGCUAUGUGAUAUUGCUAUAAAUUGGGCUGGUGGUUUACAUCAUGCGAAAAAGUCUUCUGCAUCAGGCUUCUGCUAUAUUAAUGACUUGGUUUUGGGGAUCCUGGAACUUCUUAAAUAUCAUGCUCGAGUUCUUUAUAUUGAUAUAGAUGUUCAUCAUGGCGACGGCGUUGAAGAAGCUUUCUAUUUCACAGACAGGGUAAUGACCGUCAGCUUCCAUAAAUAUGGUGACAUCUUCUUUCCAGGAACCGGUGAUGUUAAAGAUAUAGGUGAAAAGGAAGGAAAAUAUUAUGCCAUUAAUGUCCCACUCAAGGAUGGAAUAGAUGAUGCUAGUUUUACUCGGCUUUUUAAAACGAUUAUUUCCAAGGUUGUUGAAACAUAUCUGCCAGGUGUUAUUGUUCUCCAAUGUGGAGCUGAUUCACUUGCUGGUGAUCGCUUGGGCUGUUUUAACCUCUCCAUUGAAGGACAUUCAGAAUGUGUAAGAUUUGUGAAGAAAUUCAAUCUGCCACUGUUGGUUACUGGUGGUGGAGGAUACACUAAAGAAAAUGUUGCUCGCUGCUGGACUGUCGAAACUGGUGUUUUGCUAGAUACAGAGCUCCCAAAUGAAAUCCCAGAUAAUGAUUAUAUCAAGUAUUUUGCUCCAGACUUCACUUUGAAAAUUCCCAAUGGCAACAUGGAGAACUUGAAUAGUAAGUCAUAUCUUGGCACAAUCAGGUUUCAGGUUCUAGAAUGUUUGCGGUCUAUACAACAUGCUCCUGGUGUCCAAAUGCAAGAGAUUCCCCCAGAUUUUUAUAUCCCUGAUAUCGAUGAGGAUGAGCAAAAUCCUGAUGAAAGAGUAAACCAGCAUGCACAGGAUAAGCAAAUUCAGCGAGAUGAUGAAUAUUACGAUGGCGACAAUGAUAAUGAUCAUAACAUGGACGAUGGCCCUUGAAUGUUUUGUGGUCCUUCCAUCAUGUUGUAUAGCGUGUCCUUUUCAAUUUAGAAACAGGUGUUUUAUCUACAUUUUACGUAGUGUCCUCAGUUUAAUUCAUAUUUUUAGUUACUCAGCGGUUGGCAAUUUUCUGAAGGGUGCGCCGUGUCUUGUAUUUACUUAUGAGGUUGACCUUCUGCCAUAACAGACAGACUGACAUUCUAAACUUGUGAAUCAAUUAUUUCGAUCACAGUAUUGGCACAA